ACGCCUCCUCCUCAUUUUUAUAACAGAGUUGUGGGCACAAGUAUUUGCCUGCUUUUUGAUUAUACAAUAAUUAAUCAAGCUUCCGUUCCUUUUCAAUGACAUCUUCUCUGAGCACGAGACGCCUCAUAAUCCUUGAUGUUGCUCUAUUUCUAGCUUCGCAGGCAGCGGUUUACUGUGCUAUUCGUUGGUACUUCAGGCGGGGCGAUGACCGAUCAACAAAGAGCGCUGAGGCAAUCAAGAAGCUCAUCGGACAGAAGAACCUCAAGCUGGAUGAGUACGAGAGAGCGAUAUCGAAGGAAGUUGUUCAUCCAGACGAAAUUAAUGUUCGAUUUCAGGACAUCGGGGGUCUGGAGCCAAUCGUAUCAUCUCUCCGCGAAACGAUCAUCUAUCCUUUAAUCCACCCAGCUCUUUUCACCUCAGCCUCUCCCCUCCUUGGAGCCCCAAAAGGUGUUUUACUAUAUGGACCGCCAGGAUGCGGGAAGACUAUGCUCGCGCGCGCGCUGGCUAAAGAAUCGGGCGCAACGUUUAUUAAUGUUCCCGCAUCAACACUCACAAAUAAGUGGUUUGGUGAGUCCAACAAGCUAGUCGCAGGUCUAUUCAGCCUCGCGCGGAAGGUCCAACCUGCUAUCAUAUUUGUCGACGAGAUCGACUCCUUCCUGAGGGAACGCCGUGGGGACGACCACGAGGUCAUGGGUAUGAUGAAGGCAGAAUUCAUGACUUCAUGGGACGGCUUGACGUCAGGCUCUGACAGGAUACUAGUGCUGGGCGCAACGAACAGACCAGGUGACAUUGAUCCUGCAAUCUUGAGGCGCAUGCCGAAGCGGUUCGCUGUGGGUCUUCCGGAUGCAGAACAGAGAUUCAAAAUUCUAUCCCUAAUGCUCAAGGACACGAAACUGGAUCCCCAUCUUUCCUUGCGCGCCCUUGCUUCUCAGACACCAAGCUUCUCUGGUUCUGAUUUACGUGAAUUAUGUCGCAAUGCUGCUAUGGUCCCAGUGAGGGAAUGUAUGCGCGCCAUGGAGCAUGACGAAGAGGCGUUGACGAAGGUCGAGAAAGAGGUGCGUUUUGAGUUAUCUCUGGUGAAUUUCACCAACCACAAAUAUCAGGGUUUCAACAUGCGUCCACUCGCCCUCAGCGAUUUCUACGAAGCGGAGGGAUCGACACUCCAAGCACCUGAUCCAGACGAUGAACUCAUAUCAUUGCAAGCAUUCGUUGAUGCCCACACAGAGCCGAGUCCACUGACAGACGAGGACAGUAAAGUUCUAGCUAUCGGGAAGUUUGUCGGGUACGAGAGUGAUAACGAGUCGAGAUUCCAGACGGACGACGAAUCGACGGUGCUUGACGGCGACGAUCCAUCGACAUUGAAAGAUGAGAGCAGUGAUGAUUCAUAAUACCUACCCCAUCC